AUGACAGCCAUUUCGAGGAAGCGAGAGUGCGAAUAUGGUGUCGGCGACGAGAGUGCAGUCUCCGCGAAGCACUCGCGGCUCGACUUGACCAAAUUGACUCCAGCCAUGCUGGAGCAGCCUCGCCUGACGCUGGCGAAAAACCAAAGAAUCAUCCGAGAGAUGCAGAAAGACGCAGAUCAAAAGCGCCGAAACAUGGUCGCACGUCCUCCCAGCUCGGAACACGAUUUCAACUUCAUGUCAGUCUCUGCUAUUGGACCAUUCCUCGAAGACCUGCACGCCACGAACGCCUACCUUCAGAGCAUUAUCGAAGCAGAGGUCCCGGACGAUGGCAGUAUAUCGCUGAACGAAGAAACCGGCAUCAAGCGUGCGUCUUUCUUGGGACUGCCGCAAGAGCUGCGAGACAGAAUAUACGCCAUGGCGAUGCCUUGGGGUAAUAUCCAUGUUCAGCAUCAUGGUGGCAGUUACUCAGGCGGAAGUAAUAGUGCACCGAGUUACAACCCCGGAGCUGGCUUCACGCGGCAUCUGUGCAGAUGCGAGGGCACUUCGACGGAUGAUGAAACCGAGACCAAGAAGUGGAUCGAUGACGAAGCAGAUUGUUGGUAUUCCGACUACGAGUCCCGCCACUCUGAUUGUUGGUACUGUUCCGACCGAGAUGGUGGAGCGGCAGUGCCGCGCUGGCCUUUCGCUCCACUUGAGGAGAAGCAUUUCCACUGCGAGACGCCAAGCAUGAUUCACAUGCUCAUCGCCGACAAGAUCAUCAGUUCCGAGCUUGAUGCAGCACCUCCACUUUGUCCGGAACCGAGCGACAGGAUGGCCAACCUGAUGGAUAUCCCCGACGCAGUCCGAAGGAGGAUCUUUGCUCAUCUCUGGCAAGACUCUCGAUCUAUUGCACUUUGCGAUCCGGCCCAGCUGGAGGCGGAAAGGUACGAAGAUAUGAGGCGCUUCCCAGAAUCCCCUACGACAAACUACCCACCGGCGGACAAGAACAGCGCAAGACCUACAACAAACACCGCUGCCAAAUCGAGACUCGACGGUGCAACACCACCUCCAUACAUAGCCAUUCCGAGCAUCAAAUUUCGCACGAAAGCUUUCAUCGCUAGACACGCCAAUGACGAUGAGGAUGAAGACGGUGACGAGGCUCAAGCACCGCGCUACCGUCUUGUCACCAGAAACCACUUCACUCUGGACCUCCUCCGAGUCAACCGUUGCCUCCACGAUGCUGCCAGCUCAUACUUCUAUGCAACGACGACCUUCGUCUUGGACUCCGAUGCCAUUGCCAGCAUGCGCUUCCUGUCGUCUUUGCCGGACCAUGCUCGGAAGUGUAUUCAGUCCGUCACACUUACCGGCAACACUCUUAUGACCGACGAUGGCUCGAAUAGGAUAUCUUGGUCUGGGAAUCCAACACGUCCGCACUACAAGGACGAUCGGCGGCUGGAACUCGUUGCUCCAUUCACGGCCUUCCUGGCUUCUCACCUAUCGUCGCUGCGAGAAGUGUCUUCAUACGUCCCAUGCGGCGGCGCAGAGGAUUGGUAUCCGCCACUGGCUCCGGAGGAAUUGCUCAAGCUGCUAAAGUAUGGUCGUAUUGACAAGCUCAACUUUGUAUUCAUGGGUGAGGACACGGUUGAGACUCUUGAAGGUGAGAGGCGGUCGUCGAGGGACAUCUACAGUGCCCUGAUGGGUCCGUGGGCGGAGAAAAUUGUAGGUCCCAUCUCGUGGAGCUGGGGCGAGAGAGAUCUGGACAUGGGCAGUGACGGAACUACACAAGCUGUAUCGUCGGAAUGCAGAAUUUCAGUGCGCCACCCAGAAACUCUCCCACCGGCUACUGACGGCGUUUGCGUGUUCAUCGUCUGCACGCUCUCGAAUGUGCAAUGCGGCCAGUCUUACAGCGAUCGUUGA